UUUAUCACAAAUGAGGUUCAAUGCUACGUCUGCGUCACGUGGCUCUCCUCUGUGUAAGCUUUGCUUUCUGCGGCUCCUCAGCAGAGCAGCGUUGUUGAGGGUGAGAUGUGAGAUGCAACUCAGAGGGACUAGCUCAUAGAGGCAAAGUUAUGGCACGGACAUCCCCGGAGGACCAGGUCCAGCAGCAAUUUCUCUCUGCCAAAAAGUCCCUCACCGGUAACACGCACGUCCUUCUGCUGCGCUGGAGCGAGAAAACCCCAAAUUACGCGUCCAAAUAAACUAAUUGAAAAUUGCGGAGCGCGUCAGGAGUGAAUGAGAUUUCAGCAGUGUGGAGUUGAGUGACAGCCACAAUGCAACAGGCCUGUGAAGAGAAGAUAACAACUAGCUCACAGCUACACACGGCGUAAAACUAAUCUGAAUGCAGCCAUAGUUACAAGUGCCCUUCGGCCACCUGAGAAUGACACUCGGACAAUAGGACUCCUGAGUUAAUUCUUCACCUCCAGAGCCAUCAGGCAUUCUACCAAAUCAACAUAAACAGUAAAACCAAGUCCACCAUGAACCUGUUCAGGAAGGAUGCCAUGACCACUAAGAAGGAGAAGGAAAAAGAGAUCCAGUAUGAGGACCCUCCAGAUGGAGGUUGGGGCUGGAUGGUGGUGCUGCAUUGCUUUCUGGUAAACGUCCUAGUGAUGGGAACACUGAAGAGUUUUGGGAUCUUCUUUGUGGCAUUCCAAGAUGAGUUUGGAGGCUCGUCAGAGAGCAUUAGCUGGAUCGGUUCCAUCAUGUCGAGUCUGCGUCUCUCUGGUGCGCCCCUUGCCUCUGUGGCCUGUGCCAAGCUUGGAACCAGGGUGACCUCCAUUGCCGGGGCAGUGCUGGUUAGUGGAGGAUUCCUCAUUAGUAUUUUCGCCAACAGUGUGGUGUUCCUCUACAUCAGCAUGGGAGUGAUAGUUGGAAUUGGUUUUGCACUACUUUACCAAGCCUUCUCAGUGGUGACAGCGCUGUACUUCCGCAGGAGGUUAGCGACAGCGUAUGCGAUUGGCCGUUCUGGCAUGGGUUUGACCUUUGCCCUUGCUCCAUUUACUCAGCUGCUCCUGGACAAGUAUGCUUGGCAAGGAGCAAUGCUAAUUCUUGGCGGUCUAAUGCUGAAUCUGGUGGCCACUGGGAUGCUUCUGCGACCCAUCAAUGUGAAGCCUCCUGUGUCAAACCUUACCUCUCCACCCAUUCAAAAGAGCCCUGCUGUUUCCCUCAAGAGCUCCUCAGAGAAGGAAUGCAAUAAUAGCUGCUUGAAUGGCUCCUCUCACUUAUCCAAUGGCAUCUCCAAAGCAGACUCAUUUCCAUCUCCUCCUCCUGCCCCUCACAGGGACACUGAGAAUCUGGGGGGACAAUGUAAUCAGGGACUCCAGGACCAGUCAGUGAACCCUGAAUUGACAAGACUGGUCCUUAAUGGUGUGAAUGGCCAUGAGCCCCACCAUGACUUGGGUCAGUGUAAACCCACAACUCCAGAUAGCUCAGCAGAGCUCAAUGGCAGCAUGAAUGGGUCCACCAUUGUUGGACUUCCCUCACAUGCCAGCACGCCGAGUGAGGUGACCGUCAUAAAAGCCAAAGUACUGGAUUUCUCUCUGCUAAGGGACCCAUUCUUUUGUAUCUAUACUUGGUCCUUAGUCUUCAGCCAGUUGGCCUACUUCAUCCCCUAUUUUCAUCUGUCUGCCCGAGCCAGAACCCUGGGCAUCAAUGCCAUGGAUGCUUCCUUCAUCAUCUCUGUGGCAGGUAUCACAGAGACCAUCGCCCAGCUGGCCUCGGGCUGGGUGACAGACAGGAACCUGUUCCAUAAAUAUCACUACCACAAGGCUUACCUAAUCCUCUGUGGCCUGGUCAACCUGCUCUCCCCGAUGGCCACCUCCUACAUCCUGCUGAUGGUUUACGCUGUCUUCUUUGCCAUCUUCUGUGGUGGAUACAUGGCUCUGCUGCUGCCCGUUCUAGUAGAUCUCGUGGGGUCGGAGAAACUUAACAACUCCAUGGGCUUCUCCAUGUUCUUUGUUGGCCUGGGUUGCCUCACAGGACCUCCUUUGGCUGGCUUCCUGUACGACUACACUCAGACUUACGACUGUUCUUUCUACUUGGCUGGCCUCUGCUAUCUGCUCUCAUCUCUCUCCCUGUUCAUGGAGCCGCUGGCUCAGCGUUGGAAGGCCAGGAACAAACUGACCUGCAUCAAGAGAGCGGAAAGCAGCUGUAAGACCAACGGCUGCUUUGCCCCCGACCGCCUGCAGAAUGGCACUGUGUAGGAAGGAAACCCAGGGAAGGCCUGCGAUCUUAAACCAGCAUGCUCAUAAAGGGCCUGCAUACCUUGGACCUUGGACUCCGUCUUAAAUUUGGGACCCAAGUGACCCUUAAUUUCAGCAGGAGCGUAACACGGUGCCAGAGGAGACCACAGUAACAUGUCUAUGAACAUGCCAUAGUCGGGAUGUUGGUGAAUAGAUGGUUAUGAUGAACUUUUAAAGAGCCAAAUUUUGGGUGUUUUGCAAAAUAUUUGACUCCCUAUUCUUGUUUUUAUCAGAGGUACAUGCAACCAAACUGAAGUAAUACUCUACAUACAUUAUCCAGCACAUUUUAAUGGUAGCUGCUUUGUAACCUUAACUUAUUAAAACACAAUCUAAAUUUGUUUUUCAAUGUAACAACAAAACUGCAUUAACUUUGCAGUGACUUUUAAUUGCACAUAAUAUGGCUGGAAAGGAAGCUAUGCAGUUAGCUUGAUAUCCUUCUAUUGUUCCUGUGAUUGCAUUCAUGAAAGAACAUAUCCACAAAGAAAUCUCACUUGAUUUCUUUGGAAGCCUUUACCUGUAUCUGGAAACCUGUACUCACUGGUAUGCACUUUGGGCCAAAUUGUAAUUAAGCUGAAUGACAUCUGACCUUUUAACUGCCAGGUAAUUAAGAACUUGAGUAACCACUUAAUUGCAGCCUGCUUGUAUGACACAAUUGUUUAACCUGCUCUCAAAAGCCAAAAAGCAGCAACUGCUUAAGUAGUUUAAUCUCUUGCCCCCAAACUAUUAUUAUAGGCACAUGGGUAGAUUGAAUGGCAUGUUUUAAGAUUUAGAGGUAUAAUCAUAUUCUCAUAUUUAUAAUCUGAAUGCUUUUUUUGUCUGUCAACUACUACAACUUUAGUAUACUGUGUCUCAAUUCAGAUACUUAUGUACACUUACAUGUAUUGCACUGUGUAAAUUAUGUACUCACUUGUGUAGUGCGUAAAUUUCGACAGGAUAGUGUUGUCUGGAACCGCAAACGACUAUUCUACUAUAAUUCUUUUUUUUAUGGUAAAUUGCAUCCUGGCAGAGCAUCACCGCAACCUUUUAUCGCCUGCAAAAAUAUACACUACUGGUCAAAAGUAUGGGGCCACUUACAAAUUUCCAUUCCACUCGAUGUUAGACAGAAUACCAGCUGAUCUGAGUGGGGGGCUGAUCUUUAAUGCAAUAUCUACAUUGCCCAUUAUCAGCAACCAUUCAUCCAAUGUUCCAGAGGCCCAUUCUGUUCACUAAUCUGACAUCAUUUAAAAAAAACUAACUGAGAAAACAUUGGAGAACCCUUUUGCAAUUAUGUAAGCACAUAAUGUAAUAUGAAAACUGCUGCGCUGGUUAAAAAAACAAUGGUCUCAACAACAACUGAUCUCAACUGGUAUUCUGUCUAUAAUGGAGUGCAAUGGAAAUUUCGAAGUGACCCCAAACUUUUGACCGGUAGUGUAUAUAUUAUAUAUAUUUUUUUCACUAUCUGACUACAGUAUAGUUGUAUUUAUGAAAAAAAAAACGUUUAUAAAUUCCAUUUGUAUAGUUCAGUUUUUGGCCAUUUCAAGCGCAACCUCUACAUCGUCCUCGCUUGCCAUUUUCACACGUUUCAAAGAACGUUAGUGGUAGAAAAGAAUCUGCUCUGUAGCAGAGAUGGCGUCUGUUAAGAGCGAGAAGCGUCCUGUGUUCCACGCUCAUUGUUUUGACCAUUUUGAGUGCAGCAUUGGGUUAAUCGUAGUGCAUUGCAUUUGGCCAUACUUCAGUCUGUGUGAACGCACUAUUAACUCAAAGUAGCAAGUGUAAGUACAGAAGAGCAUGAUUUGAGACACAGCGUUACACUAAGACACAUCAUUCAAACUUCAGAUGUUUUUUAUAUCUUUCAACUUUCUCUCAUAGAAAGUUCAAUGUUUGAAUACUUUCUUUUCCCCCUUGAUACUCUUUCAUUUUUUCAUCUACUACCAUUAGUACUUUAUGACAUUAAUUCCAUUUUUCAUACCUCUCAUAGUUUUUCUGGAAUUGCAGUUUUUUGUUUUUUUUUAUAGUUUUUUUUAACUUUUUUUUCAUUCAUUAUAAUUGGUAUGUAUUGUGCUGGUGAUACUGACUUCUGGCAAUCAAGUUAAGGGAAGUGGGUUGUUAACUGAAUUCUAAGCUGUUUUCAGUACUUGCACAUGAACUGACCCUUAAACUGCGUUCAUUUCUUACCUUUGAACUGAGAGUUCAACUGCUUUGAGUGUAAGUGCUUACAUAAAAGUGAACAUUUCACCUGCUCCAGCUUUUCCACUUCAACUAAAAUUUUUACUUUAAGCAGUAAACAAAUCUUUUGACAUUCCAUUGCUUUUAUCUCUUACUCUUCAACUAAAACCUAACAGGGAGGGCCAACAGUGUUGAAGGGAGGGAUUUACAUGCCUGCAUGGCCGGUCUGGCUACCAAAACAAAGAACAGAGAAGCUUGGAUCUUAACAAACGCACACGCACACACACACAACGUGUGACUUCAUUCUCUGCUCAGGACUUCAUUACUCCACUAUAUCUUCUAUCGAGUUGUUUUGCUGCUAUAUCAAUGUUCUGAAUGUUGUAUAUUGGCCCUUUAAUUGAAAAUUCAACUCUUUUCAUUGCUCGCAAGUCAUCUGACAUUUCAGUUGCUUCAGCCAUUUGCAAUGCUUUCACCCACAACACUUGAAAUAUUUUUCAGCUGCAUCUCUUAAUACUUAUCUAAUAUCUCAGCUCCGUUCAGUGCUUACACUUUAAAUUUAAAUUAUUUCAGUUCCUGCAACUUCAACUCCUUUAAUCACAUUUUAAUCUGUUUUCAGUGUUUACACCUGCAGUUUUGGCCAGUUAGCUCCCUUCAUUUUCUUCUAAAAAUAUAAAAAAAAGUUUUUUUAAUCGGCACCUCAAUAGGGACUUUUUUUAAAUACUAGAAACUGUUUCUCUUCGUUUGUGGGUCUGAAAUGAUUCAUUUUAAUAACUUAAUUUAAUUAAUAACUUCAGUUUUACCUGCAGAUAACAAAACAGUCACACCUAGCUCAGCGUUCAUGAGCUGUUCUAUGCAAGUGCACAAAGGGAGAAAUUUCUUUCAUUGACAGCUCACUUGCACAUUAUUUUAACUGUAUCAAAGUAUACCAACUCCUGAAGGAAGAAGCCUGUUUGGUUGUGAUUUAAGUAUCCUAAAUGUAUUGAUCCCAGUUAGACUGCUGAUUUUAUUGGUUUUCAUUGUCAAUGUGUGUCAUUAAGUGUAAUUUUUUUCAACCUUGAAUGUCUGUAAAUCCUGACCAACUGUGCUACAAAGAUGAUUUGCUGAUGUUGCCCAUACAAACUGCACUGUUGCCUAGCCUUUACCGUGCCUGCAGGCAGCCAGUCAAUGGCAAUGCAACUUAUAGUCAGGAGACUAUGGCUCAAGAGGUAGAGUGGGUCAGUCUUUAAUUAGGGUUUGAUCCCCAGGUCCUUCUGUCCACAUCUCGAAGUGACCUUAAGCAAGACACUGAACCCCAAGUUGUUCACGAUGGACAGGCCAGCGCCUCCAUCGGUGUAUGAAUGUAUGCGAAUGGGUGAAUGAGAGGCAAAUUGUAAAGCCCAUUGUCCUGUGAUGUAGAAAGGUGCUUUAUAAAUGCAGUCCAUUUACUGUUUAUGUAUGGAAGUCUGUUGGUUGUUGAAUCUUUUUUUAUAUAAUGGAGGUUUCUGUGUUUUCAGUGAAUUCUUUGUUUUUCACUGUUUGCCUUACAAGGUACUGCAUUGUAUCUUUUCUAACUUUCCUGUGAUGUCCACCAAAGACACAUUAGAAACCUACCUACAACUUGAAGCUUAUUAAAAAAUAGUUUCAACUAUUAUAUAAUUUCAACUAGGAUGACCACCCAUUAUUCUGUAAAUUCCAAGUCCUAACUGAGGGCCCACAAUCCAGUGAUGUUUUGUUACGCUGCCCUCUUUUGGCGGAGAAAAGUCUCUACUCAAAGAAUGCUGUCUCAAUUAGUACCAAAUUAUUCCCCCUCAUCUCACUUUCACAAUACUGAGCUAGGCUCUUUGUAUUGUUUCAAUAAUGACAGUCAUGCACAAAAGCUCUUUUGGCUCACGAGUUGCAUUCACCACCCGUAUGCUUUUGUGAUUAAGGGCCACUGAAUAUUUUGUACCAUAAUAAAUCUUUUACGACAUAUAUUUGAUGCUUUAAAAUUCGAUUUUGGUUGGGAUUAUUUUUACUUGUUAGUUAUAUGAAUAUUAUAAGAACCUGUAUGUAUUGAGCAAUAUCUUGAAAUAAUGAUGUCCCUUUGGUAAUGUCUUAAACACCACUGAUAAUGAACUGAGUUCUGUGUAAUGGUGUUUGAUCUUUUUUGUUGCAGUAAAUGCAUUUAUGGGUAAAGCACUGUUCUGUCACUACUCUGGCUCCUGGAUUUGUGAAAGGAUAGUUUAAAAAAAACAUGCUAACUAAUCGUAGAUAUCCUAUUCCAAGUCCUUAGAGUUUAUUUCUAAGCUGUGUAACAGUGCGCAACCAGCUGUAAUAAACUGACAUGUGACUGAUGUCUGUUGUUCUCUGAUUCGGAGCAAUAAAUGCACUGAUACCA